UCAUUAGAAAUGUUUAUACAAUUAAUACUUCUUUCACUCGUUGGCCUUUGUAGGCCUCAUGGUUAUCUCCAGGAUCCACCUUCACGGUCUUCGAUGUGGAGAUUUGGGUUCGACAACCCCAUAAACUGGAAUGACAAUGAACUUUUCUGCGGAGGAUUCCGUCGCCAAUGGGUUGUCAACAAUGGGAAAUGUGGAAUUUGCGGAGAUCCGUGGGACGAGCCUCAGCCAAGAGCCAACGAAAAUGGAGGAAAAUACGGUAAUGGAAUCAUAGUUGAGACGUAUGAGAAUGGUCAGACAAUUACUGCUGCAGUUAACAUUACAGCUCACCACAAAGGCCACUUUGAGUUCCGAAUAUGUCCAGUUAGAUAUGAAAACCAAAAAGAGGAUCAGGAUUGUCUAGAUCAACAUGUGCUCGAAUUAGCUGAUGGUUCUGGAUACAAAUACAUAUUACCUCUUGGAUCGGGAAAAGGAGUGUUCUUGAUUGACUUGAAACUCCCACAUGGCCUCACGUGUGAACGCUGCGUCUUCCAAUGGCACUAUAGAACAGCAAACACUUGGGGAAUCUGUGAGGACGGAACUGGAGCUGUUGGUUGUGGACCGCAGGAAACAUUCCGAGGAUGUGCUGAUAUCAGAAUUGAGGAUCCCACUUACGAAAACACAAGUUUUUAAACAUAGAUUUUUCUUUAGCUGUUAGCUUGGUGUCUCAAACAUUCAAUAAGUUUUGAAAAUGUAUUUCAGAAUUAUAUUUACAUAAUUUUAAAUCGUGGAACUAAUUAAAAAUUUUGAUCAUAAACUGACCAAAA